CACGUGCCGCUUCACCUGUCACAAGACUGUCAUAUGAUUAUGACAUUUGGGUGGUGUGGUUAGUUUAAUGUCAUAUGACUUCAAAUUUCCAAAACUCUGAAAAUUAGACCGAAAAAUGAUCGUUCCGUUAAUUUGUGUCGCAUUUCUGGGCGCCUCAGUUUCCGCAAAUGGUGAACUGACGAUUCUUCACCACCCUCCAAGUCUGCUCUUCAAGGGACACGACCACGUCAAAGAGAGCAUUUUGAAGGAGGUGUAUUCGAGUGCUUUGGGUUUCUCGACUGAGCAGUACUCGAACUGGGAUGGUUUGUACAUUGAGGACCCCUUUAAUUUGGCCAAGGCUGUGGUGACCGUCAGCGUUGACGGCACUUCGGACAUUGGCAACGGCAAAGGGCACAAUUUCCCGCUUAAAACGAACGUUGACGAAUUUGAUGUUUUCUCAGCUUUGGAAAGGCGGGUUUUGCAAAGGUAUCCCGAAACUGAGGGUCAUUUGGUGCGAAUUAGCGCUGGUGAUAGUUUGCAUCAGCUCCACAAGCAUAAAGUUUUCAGAAAUCUUAAACUCGACAAGUCGAAGAAAGUCCUAAACUAUCUCAAAGCUAGCGUGGAGGAAGACCAAGCGUUUUUGAACGAAAUUACAGUCUUGAACAGCAUUGCAGACGAGAUUCAAAACUCAGGCUUACACUUGGAUGGCACUCCCGAUGUCUUUUGGUUCAAAAUCGAAAGUCUGCACCCUUUGAUCGACUUGUACGGCGAGAAUUCGACCAAAGUUAAAGAAGCCAAACAGCUAUUAAAUGAUGCAAUCCUUCACUUGAAUUCUGUUUUCACCAAAGUCUACAAGGACAAGGUUUUGGUCAGUGUCAUAACAAGCGAUGCUGUGCACACCAGACGUGCUAGAAACAUUUUGCAAGAAAAGAAACCUGAACCCAAGGACACACAAGAGACCAAAGUGAACCCUGCCAAGUUUUACAGCAAGGAUUAUCCAGUUAUUUUUAAUAUUAUUCUGUGGUUUGGGGUCGCAAUGACGUUUACUCUACUUGCUAUUUGCAUUGCAAUUGCUCAAAUGGAUCCUGGACGGGACUCCAUUAUUUACAGGAUGACGAGCACUCGUCUCAAGAAGGAUAAUUAAGUGGGAACGUUGAGUUCGGAUAGUAUUAUUGUGUGUAUAUUCCUGUUAAAUUUUCUGUAAAAUACCAUUCUAGAUGUGUAAAUUAGUGUAACUUAUGUAAUACUGUGAUCACAGCUUCCUUGAUUAAAGAAGGGACUUUCCCUUCACACGGCUGGUCGCAUUGAACAAAAAAAGUGUUUCUAACAGCUUACUUUAUUGUAGCGCCAUCUCUUAGCUCCUUCUGAAACUUUCCGUCUUACCAUGGUUACCAAAUAAAUAUUUAAAUUCAAUCAA